GCACUUCCCUUGCUGUCCGGACAUGUGAUCAGUUGCACAGGUGCCUAGAAUCGCUUUCGGCACGCCAUUGUGGAAAGCAGCUACUUUCACAUUACCGACUCCGCAGCCUGAGCUAGCUUUCCUAGUUGAGUUAUCCUGAGUAUAAUAACAACAGAAAAAACUGUCCCAAGAUGGCUACGGACUCCUGGGCCCAGGCAGUGGACGAACAAGAAGCCGCGGCAGAAUCGAUCGGUAACCUUCAAAUUAAAGAGAAACCAGAAGAAAAUGGCACGGCUGCAAACGCAACAGACGCAAGCAGUGCAGCUGCAAAGUCCGAAGCUGAGGGAGAGAACAAGGCAACAGAUGAGGAUGACAAAGAGGACAAAGCGGCACAGUCAUUGUUGAACAAGCUGAUUCGGAAUAAUCUUGUCAAUAAUACUAACCAAGUGGAAGUUCUUCAGAAGGAUCCCAACUCUCCGCUCUACUCUGUCAAGUCCUUUGAGGAGUUGCGACUCAAACCUCAGCUGCUUCAGGGCGUGUACGGUAUGGGUUUCAACCGGCCAUCUAAAAUCCAGGAGACUGCCUUACCCAUGAUGCUGGCUGAACCUCCACAGAAUCUGAUUGCGCAGUCGCAGUCAGGAACAGGGAAAACAGCUGCCUUUGUCCUGGCCAUGCUCAGCCAUGUAGACCCCAACAACAGAUAUCCCCAGUGCCUGUGUGUGUCACCCACCUAUGAACUUGCGCUUCAGACUGGUAAGGUGAUCGAGCAGAUGGGCAAACACUAUCCUGAGGUCAAACUAGUCUACGCCAUCAGAGGAAAUAAAUUGCAGCGGGGCAUGAAGCUGCAGGAACAGAUAGUUAUUGGCACACCUGGUACCAUGCUGGACUGGUGCAGUAAAUUCAAGUUCAUAGACCCCAAGAAGAUCAAGGUCUUUGUGCUGGAUGAGGCUGAUGUCAUGAUUGCCACACAGGGUCACCAGGACCAGAGUAUCCGCAUCCAGAGGAUGCUGCCUAAAAACUGCCAAAUGUUGCUGUUCUCAGCCACGUUUGAAGAAUCAGUGUGGAACUUCGCCCAGCGCAUCGUCCCUGACCCCAACAUCAUCAAGCUGAAAAGAGAGGAGGAGACGCUGGAUACUAUAAAACAGUACUAUGUGUUGUGCAACAGCAAGGAGGAGAAGUUCCAAGCCCUCUGUAACAUCUACGGAGCCAUCACCAUCGCCCAGGCCAUGAUCUUCUGCCAUACAAGGAAGACUGCCGGCUGGCUGGCAGGGGAGCUGUCCAGAGAAGGCCACCAGGUGGCGCUGCUCAGUGGCGAGAUGCAGGUGGAGCAGAGGGCUGCUGUCAUUGAACGCUUCAGAGAUGGCAAGGAGAAGGUCCUGGUUACUACAAAUGUUUGUGCUCGAGGCAUUGAUGUCGAGCAGGUUUCCGUGGUGAUCAACUUUGACUUGCCAGUGGACAAAGACGGAAACCCUGACAACGAGACAUAUUUGCACAGGAUUGGCCGCACAGGUCGAUUUGGCAAAAGGGGGCUGGCCAUCAACAUGGUGGACAGCAAGAUGAGCAUGAACAUCCUCAACAGGAUCCAGGAGCAUUUCAAUAAAAAAAUUGAAAAACUAGACACGGAUGAUCUGGAUGAAAUUGAGAAAAUCGCUGGCUAAAGAGAAGGGUGUGACCGCAUGAAGGACACCGACCUGACUUCCCUUCCCCUCUUCGCUCUCCAAGGACUAUAUGCUCCUACAGUGUUUUAUGCUUUUAUUUUUUUAGCCGUCGGAGGAAAGAGCAAAACCACAAACACAGCAUAUGUUUACACGUGGAUAUGUCUCCUCUCAGACAAGUGUUUUGUAAGUCUCUGGAACAUACCCCAUUUCACUCUUUGUACUUCUUUGAAUAAAGUCUAUGAGUUUAUUACUGUG